UCGAGUUGGGCUGGGCCCCAGCCCAACCAAGCUGGCUCGCUACCUCACUUCCGUCUCCUCUUCUCUCGGACUGUUAAUUCAGUUCGGAACUCUCAAGUUUCAACGCCUUCCCUCUUCUUCCCAAAACUCUGCUCUGUCCUGCUUCAAAGGUUCCGGCCGGCUUGACUUUCAACUUGCCGGCAGCAAUGGCAUCAACGUCGUCUCCCUGCGUUAAACCCAACACUGUAGCUACGGCUGCACGUAUUCCGUCGCAACCGCCGGACUCAACUCAACCUCAGAGGCUCUCCUUCCCUAUCGUUUCCCACCCUUCCCUCUCUUUCUCCCUCCGACCUACAUUCUCUGGUUUUCAGUGGCCCAGCAAGAAGCUGGCUUCUGUAACAAAAGUGCACGCACAAGCGAACAAGUUAUCUGCUGAGGAAUCUUCGAAUUCUUCUCCUCCGGCAGACAACAAACCUGAAGGUAGAAUUCCAGAUGCAGCGACGGUGUCAGAGUGCAUGGCUCAAGUAGCAGACCUUGUCAAGCUUGUGGAUAAGAGAGAUAUUGCAGAGCUGAAACUGAAGCAAAUGGACUUUGAACUUAUCAUAAGGAAAAAACAGGUUUUGCCACCUGCUGCUCCUUUCAUGAUGAUGCAAUCACCAUAUCCACAAGCCAUGGCACCACCACCACAGCCACAACCAACAGCUUCUCCUGCUCCUGCAGCUCCAGCUUCAGCACCUAGCUUGCCUCCUGCUGCAAAGACUAGCUCGUCUUCUCAUCCACCACUGAAGAGUCCAAUGGCUGGAACCUUUUAUCGCUGUCCGGGCCCAGGCGAACCACCAUUUGUGAAGGUAGGAGACAAGGUGCAGAAAGGUCAGGCCCUCUGCAUCAUCGAGGCCAUGAAGUUGAUGAAUGAAAUCGAAGCUGAUAAGUCUGGAACAAUAGCUGAAAUUCUGCUUGAAGAUGGGAAACCAGUUAGCAUGGACACGGAAGCUCUAAUUGUGUGGGUGGGGAAGGUGUUAAGUGAAGUUGGCCGUUGUUGUUCGGAUCUCGGCGGCUUCUUCAUCCUCUGUUUGCUUGAAGGGAACUUCUCUGCAACAGCUCCCAUGGCGUCGAUCUCCGUUCCUUGCCCCAAAACCACCGUUGCUGCUUCUGGGUUUCCCUCAUCUCAAGCUGCUCCCUUGGAAUCCAACAGGAUUGCCUUCCCUCGUGCUUCCAAACCAGCUUCUUCUCUCUCUCUUGGAUCCACAUUCUCUGCUUUUCAGAGGCCUAGCCGGAGGGAAUCUUUGGUAUCACAGGUGCAAGCUAAAGUGACUGCCAAGGAAUCUUUGAACCAUACACCUUUGGUGGACACCAAAUCCGAUGUUACCGCCGAAUCCAACGGGAAAGCAGAGACUACAGAACCCAGAAUUCCAGAUGUGGCAUCGAUUUCAGAAUUCAUGACCCAAGUGUCACACUUGGUCAAACUUGUGGAUUCGAGAGACAUUGUGGAGUUGAAACUGAAGCAAUUGGACUGCGAGAUAGAGAUAAGGAAAAAGGAGGCUCUCCCACAGCCGCCAGCUCCUGCUGCUUCUCCUUUCAUGAUGAUGCAGCCUCCCUAUCCACAGGCCAUGCCACCACAACCAGCAGCUGCUCCCGCCGCUCCUGCUGCAGCUUCUGCAUCAUCAGUACCUGCCUUGCCUCCUCCAGCUGCAAAGCCUGCUUCAUCUCAUCAUCAAUUGAAGUGUCCUAUGGCUGGCACCUUUUACCGGUCUCCAGCCCCAGGUGAACCGGCAUUUGUCAAGGUCGGAGAUAAGGUACAGAAAGGACAGGUUCUUUGCAUCAUUGAGGCCAUGAAGCUGAUGAAUGAAAUCGAGGCUGAUCAGUCUGGAACCAUAACUGAAAUAUUGGCAGAGGAUGGGAAACCAGUUAGUGUUGACCUGCCUUUGUUCGCGAUUGCUCCAUGAGCAACACCGGAAAGAACGUCCAGCUUGGCCUGCAGUAGACAUGCGAGGCAGCCACUGUCGUCCCAGAACUAGAAAAGCUUUAAAAAAAAACACCAUCUUGUUUGAAGCUUGAGAAUUGUAAUGUGAAAUAGAAUAAUUGAAACCUCAUUUCGGGUUUUUCUUUUAAUAUGAUAAGCCGCUGUUUCUCUACACUUUGAAAACUGAUUUUUAGCUGGUAAUGUAGCAGAAGCCUCACAAAAGGGGAUUUAGUUUAAGUGUAAGGUGUUUGUUCGUUUCUCCUGUGAAUUUUUUGUGUGUAAUAUGUGGACAAGUUUUGAAGUCGUUAAAAACAAUUGCAGUGCCAACCCGUUUUAAUGUUGUAUCCAGUUUGACCUGCUAAUUUCUUAUGUACACCUUAUCCAGUUCAAAU